ACGACAGUAAAGAGUGGACUAUCAAUAUGGACAGGAUGAUUUAGGAAGACUUCAGGCAAACGGAAUCAUUGCCUCUGAAAAACUUGAGUCUUAUAUCCAAGGUGCUACGAAGCUCGCUCUGAACCCUGCUCCCAAACUCUCCCCGCUCUGGCAGAGGCAAAGGCAUAAGAAGGAAGUAAACUAUACAGGGACAGGAUUUCCCUGGCACAGACACCACGAACGCUUUCAUGUUUAUUAUCUUUGAAUAGAGGAAGUCGGCACUCAGAGAGGCUAACCAACUUGUCCAAGGUCACCCAGGAGCCUGCAGUCAACCCAGGGCUCCCUCCUGACCUCCAUCAGAUGGGCAGCGCUCCCGCCAGGGAGGGCGCGUGCUGGCCAGCCCGGGGCGGGUGAGAUCGCCCCAGCCCGCCUCUGCGCCCACUCCCCUGUGCGCCGUGCUGGCAGAGCGGCACCCCCGCUGUCCCUGGCGCCCAGUGGGGGCGGCAGCGGGCAGGGCAGCGGGGACCACCGGGGCUGGGGGCUGUUGAGCCCGUGGAGUCCGGCUCGGUUGGGGAGAAGAACGAUGCGCGGCGAGCCCAGGUGAUCCGGGGCUGGGGUCCUGCGUCCACAGUCCCUGGCCCGCGCCUCGAGCCCGCCGGCUCCCCAGCGCGGGGGCUGGAGCCCGCACCCGAGGGGGCGGUGGGGAGGGCGCAGGCAGCUGCUGGGAGCGCAGCGGCAGCGGCGGCGGCAGAAGCUCGGCUCGGCGGCUGGGGGUGGCCGCUUGAAUCUGCCAGGGCGCCUCGCUCCGUCGCCUUCGGCAGCGGGACCCUGUGGGCACCGAAAUCCGACUCACUCAUGCUUAUUUCCUGUAAUGGACAAAUUUGAUGCUAAUGUGAGUUCCAAGGAGGGUUUCGGGUCAGUGGAGAAGGUCGUGCUGCUCACGUUUCUCUCGGCGGUUAUCCUGAUGGCCAUCUUGGGGAACCUGCUGGUGAUGGUGGCUGUGUGCUGGGACAGACAGCUCAGGAAAAUAAAAACAAAUUAUUUCAUUGUAUCUCUUGCUUUUGCGGAUCUGCUGGUUUCGGUGCUGGUGAUGCCCUUUGGUGCCAUUGAGCUGGUUCAAGACAUCUGGAUUUAUGGGGAGAUGUUUUGUCUUGUUCGGACAUCUCUGGACGUCCUGCUCACAACAGCAUCGAUUUUUCACCUGUGCUGCAUUUCCCUGGAUAGGUAUUACGCCAUCUGCUGCCAGCCUUUGGUCUAUAGGAACAAGAUGACCCCUCUGCGCAUUGCAUUAAUGCUGGGAGGCUGCUGGGUCAUCCCCACAUUUAUUUCUUUUCUCCCUAUAAUGCAAGGCUGGAAUAACAUUGGCAUAAUUGAUUUGAUAGAAAAGAGGAAGUUCAACCAGAACUCUAACUCUACGUACUGUGUCUUCAUGGUCAACAAGCCCUACGCCAUCACCUGCUCUGUGGUGGCCUUCUACAUCCCAUUUCUCCUCAUGGUGCUGGCCUAUUACCGCAUCUAUGUCACAGCUAAGGAGCAUGCCCACCAGAUCCAGAUAUUACAACGGGCAGGAGCCUCCUCUGAGAGCAGGCCUCAGUCAGCAGACCAGCAUAGCACUCACCGCAUGAGGACAGAGACCAAAGCAGCCAAGACCCUGUGCAUCAUCAUGGGCUGCUUCUGCCUCUGCUGGGCACCAUUCUUUGUCACCAAUAUCGUGGAUCCUUUCAUAGACUACAGUGUCCCUGGGCAGGUGUGGACCGCUUUCCUCUGGCUCGGCUAUAUCAAUUCCGGGUUGAACCCUUUUCUCUACGCCUUCUUGAAUAAGUCUUUUAGACGUGCCUUCCUCAUCAUCCUCUGCUGUGAUGAUGAGCGCUACCGAAGACCUUCCAUUCUGGGCCAGACUGUCCCUUGUUCAACCACAACCAUUAACGGAUCCACACAUGUACUAAGGGAUGCAGUGGAGUGUGGUGGCCAAUGGGAGAGUCAGUGUCACCCGCCAGCAACUUCUCCUUUGGUGGCUACUCAGCCGAGUGACACUUAGGCCCCUGGGACAAUGACCCAGAAGACAGCCAUGCCUCCGAAAGAGGGCCGGGUCCUAAACUGCUGCUUGCGCGCGACUGCACCCGGUAUUCUCUUCACCUGAGGCCUUCCGUCCGCUGGUGCAGGAACCCGGUGCACGCUGGGCUUUUCCUCCGAGAUUCCAGCAGGUGGCGCUGGAGGGAGUCAGAGGACAUAAUGGCCUCCUUGUUCCCUUUUUAUUUCCCAGCACUCCCUCUUCCCAGAUUCUCUGCUCUUGCCGCAUGGUCUCUGGUGUUUCUGACAUGUUCCCAUCACUCACUGUGUCUGGUCUGUCUCACUCACGUUCUAAGCACGAUAGCUUGUUGUGUCCUAUCGCGGUCACUGAUGUCUGCAAACACACCUUCUUUGCUGUGUGGGCUCACAGAUAUCAACAAAAUACUCCCUCUCUGCUCCUGUCUUAGCCAGAGUCCUCGCUCCUGUCUUGCUUACUUGCUUGGUCACGUCCGUCACAGCCAUGUUCAAGCUAUCCCCUGUCUCUUCUUCACCCUGUUCUGUGCCAGACGCUAACACAGUUUUCUCCCUGUGUCUGGGUCCAAACGUGCAUCCUCUUGGCCGGCCCCCUUGUCAGUCCCAGACAUCCAUUUGCUCUUCCUUAUGUCCAAUGUCCGUCUUCCUCUUCAAGACAUGCUCCAUAUAUUUUCCAUGGAAGACACAGGGUCAGAGAUCUGUCAGAGGAAAAUGGUCUCCACAGCAACUCCGGAGGGAAACUGAAGACAGAUAGCUUCCCCCUGGUGUCCUGGUCGCUGGCGUGUCUGCCCUGAGAUGCUCACUGUCCUGCUGGGCUAGAACGGGACAUCUUCUAAAGAGCCUUGGGCAGGGCUAGCAACAUCGUAGGUGUUUAUUAGGCUUCAGGAUCUUUCCUAUGAACUUGUGAUGUCAUUUUAAAACCUUUCAAUCUGGCUUUGUUGCUCCCAAAGGAAGAGAACUGUUAGAAGUUAACACUGGGUAGACUCAUUUUCCCCUACAGCUCCCCCCAGGUGCAGGAGGGCAGGAUCCAGCAGUACUGGGGAUGCGUAGGCAAUGCUGGACUUGAAGCCAGAGGACCCAAGUUGCCGCCCUGGCUGUGCUGCUAACAAGCUGUGAGAUCUUGAAUACUGUUUUCUCAUCUCUGGACCCCACUUGCCACAUCUGUGCACUCAAGCUUGGACUAGAGGGUCUUUAAGUUUUCUUUCUGUUUCUAGGACAACAGGAUGCUGCUAUAGCCGUCUGCUACCUCGAGAAGCCAUGGCCUGCCUGCCUUUUGGCUUUGUUUCAAAGGAAAGACCCUCCUCAUUUGGGCCUUUUAGACCCCUGACCUUUCCAGCAUUUUCAUUUAGAUUAACCUGUAUGUCUUUUAUUCAAAGCUGAUCAGUGGCUCUUGCGAAUGCCCCAGAGCAAAAGUCCCUGGAAGGUAAAUGCCAAACCCAGAGCCAUGUGAGAUUCUGACUUUGAUCUUGGCUGUGGUUUGAUAGCAUCUCAGGAUUAUUUAUCAUACUCUCUUUUUUUCUUGUUGCUUAUGAAGUGUCAGUUAUUGUUUCCAUUGUUGUUUACUUUAGUUCUGGAACUGAAACUGACAGGAAGAAACUUUGGAAUACGGAAGAGAAGAUUGACCAAACCAUCCAAAUGCCAAAAAGGAAAAAAAAAAAGAAAGAA